UGAUCAGCUGACCUGAGCGAACAGGCAGGACUGUAGGGGUGAAGCAGUUCAGACAUGUUGGGGUCUGACCAUUUAAAGAUCAGUGUUCAAGGACUACUGAUUAAAUCCCAGGACCACCAACCGGCCAGUGCUGGACCCCUAAGCAAGGUAUAAGAAGAAGCUUUACAACACAGUCAAAGACUUUCUUCACACAUCCCAGCUUUUGGAAGUCGGGGUCAAAGCAACUUUGGCUGGUCAAGGUCAGCCAUCAUCAAGUCAAGUCAAGUCACUUUUAUUGUCACAUCACCACAGCACAUGUGCCUUGGUUCUCCUUCUGUUUCUCCAAACUUCUUCAUCAUGACCAAACUUCUGGAGUGGCUUCUGGGUCUCUCACUGGUUGCUGUUGCCUGGGGACUGGUGACCUUUGACCUUCUUGGCUUGCGGCUGCCUGCCGUGUACAAGGAAGUAACUUGGCCGAUGCCGGUGUACCUGCUGGUGGUGUUUGGUUGUUAUUCGCUGGCAACAGUGGGUUACAGAGUCGCCACCUUCAACGACUGUGAAGACGCAGCCACAGAACUUAAGGCACAGAUACAAGAGGCUAAAGCAGACUUACAGAAGAAGGGCAUGAAGAUGUGAUGACUUUACUGGACUGUAAUAGAACAAGUUUCUAAUUUGGAUACGCUCGAUUUUUUUCUCCCCCUGUUUUCUAUACAAUGGUGACUUGAGACGGUGACAGGUGACAGUGGAAGAUGGAAAGGUCCUAAAACAUCGGGACUUGAAAUCAGAUGUAGAUAUUCUUUUUGAAUUUUCCUUUGAAAGCACUUCACCUCAUUAUAGUUAUGAUGAUAUAAACAAACGUCUAGAAUGUGAUGGUUCUUUGUAACGUAUACUUGGACUGGCUUCCACACAGCGACGUCUCUGUAAUUAUUUUUUUUUUAGCAUAUUCUUGGUGCCCCAGUAAAGUUCAGAGUCAGACUGACUCACAGCGUCAUGCCUGUGCAAGAUAACCGUGGCAUAUGCUCGGCACUGACGGCGCCCCAUACAAGGUUGAUUUUUAACAAGCUUGAUAAUAGGAUACUGUUGUUCUAGAAAUACACACACUGCGGCACACGAAUGUCUGCAGCCGACAAGUCAGAGCCGUGUUACUGUUUUCAGUUACUGCAACCGAUUGUGUAAUCCGUAUACGUGAAAAAGUGACUGUAUUCACAAAGCAUCUUAAAAUGGGAGCACUAAUUUGGGAUUGUGGGUUUUACUCUGCGGUGGAGGGAACCGCAUCCAGUAGCUAAAAUCUUUUCUGACUAUUAACUCUUCCGUUAAACUCCUGAUUUCUCUAAUGUUCGUUUUUAUUUGUCUUUAUUUUAUGUGUCGCUUCUGUAAAAUCUGGCUGUUUAUAUUUUGGAUUCAGCAUUCUGUCUGUUCCAUAUAUUGUGUUUUCUAGAUCAAGUCCAGAUGUAUAAUACAGAUUAUUUUCCUGAA